ACUAGCAGACGAUCAAUCGGGUUUUGUCAACGAACUAGGCGGUUGGAUCAGUUUGAGUUAGUUUGAUAAUGAAGAGAAACAGUGUAUUUUUAACAUAACAACGCUAAUACGUGAAACAGUAUUAACAGUUUAAUGUAAUGGACUGUAGCAAAAGCCAACUAUUUUCAUCCUGACCACUGGUCAUGGCAGACAACGGGUUCACAUUUCUAAUUAACUUUGUGAUGUCUGUAAGACGACGUCGUCGGCAGGUGGAUCGGAAGGUCACUAGUGUAAUUCUUCCUCAAACUUAAUCAAGUUUCUCAUAGGAUCUGGACAAAGGGAGUUGAUGUUUGUUUCCGGUAAAGCUAUGACUAUUGCGGAUUAAUGUUGGAAUAAAUAUCAAGAUGAAUGAUUUGGCCAAUUUUAUAUGUUUGUGGAUUAUGCUGUUCACUCAAAGGUGCCAAAAUGAGAGAGUUGACAGCAAAAGAAUAAUUAAACAACGAACAGCAAGAAUCGAAGGAGAUAUUGUUUUAGGGGCGCUAUUUCCUGUUCAUUACGCACCUCCGAAUGCCUCCGUUUUUUCUCGAGCGUGUGGACCGAUUAGGGAACUUUACGGAAUACAACGAAUUGAGACACUACUCUUUACCUUGGAUAAGAUCAACAUGAACGAUUCCAUAUUACCUAAUAUCACCCUGGGGUGUGAUAUAAGGGAUUCUUGUUGGUACUCAGCCAUCGCCCUGGAACAGAGCAUUGACUUUAUUAAAGAUGCAAUAGCAAGUAACACCGAACUGAACAAUAACCAGUCUCAUAAUAAAGGUUGCAGUGCAGAGAGGCUGGAACCCAUUGCAGGACUAGUAGGGCCUGGUUCCAGUGAGUCCACCAUCCAAGUGCAGAAUCUUUUACAAAUUUUCCACAUCCCCCAGAUAGGGUAUUCGGCUACCAGUAUCAGUUUAAGUGAUAAAAGUCGGUUUAACUAUUUUCUCCGUGUUGUUCCCCCGGAUAAUUAUCAAGCUCAAGCACUAAUUGACAUCGUAGUGCGCUUUAACUGGACUUAUAUCUCCACAGUUUAUUCAGAUGGUAAUUACGGUGAAAGGGGUAUUCAAGAAUUUGAAGUAAGGGCUCAGAAGCAUAAUGUAUGUAUAGCUGAAUCCACAAAUAUUGCCUCUUCAGCUGAUGAAAUUGCUUUUGAUAAAGUCAUAGAUCAACUUGAAAUUACACCAAAUGCUACAGUGGUCGUGUGUUUCUGUGAAGGAAUGACUGUACACAAACUUUUGCUGGCUGCUAAAAGAAAAAAUGUAGUGCACAAAUAUGUGUUCAUUGGGAGUGAUGGUUGGGGUAAUCGUCCUGAUGUUGUUGAAGGUGUAGAGGAAGAAGCCGCUGGGGGUAUCUCUAUAAAACUCUACUCGCCACAAUUAGAUGACUUCGAUGACUAUUAUUCCAGCCUGUAUCCAGAAAAUAAUAGCAGGAAUCCGUGGUUUAAAGAAUUUUGGCAGGAACGAUUUGUAUGUAGAUUAAACGCAGGAGAUGAUACUGACACCCGAUAUAAUGAAAUGUGUUCAGCUGAUUCCAACUUGGCUAACAGUAAACAGGAUUCUAAAUUAGGUUUUGUAGCAAAUGCUGUGUAUACCAUGGCUUAUGCCUUACAUAACAUGCACCAACAAUUGUGUGAUGGUAAACCAGGACUAUGUGAUGCCAUGAGACCAAUAAAUGGCAGUUUGUAUCUCGACUACUUACUUAACGUUACGUUUAACAGUUACAGUGGAGAAGCAGUUCAUUUUGAUGAUCAUGGAAAUCCCCCAGGAAGGUAUGAAAUAGUCAAUUACCAACCACAGUAUCACCCGGAUGGCAACGUCACUUACACUUACGUCAGUGUAGGCACGUGGAUGACAGGCACAUUAAGCUUAAAUAGCAGUAAAAUCCACUGGCCUGGAUCUGAGAAUACUGAUCGCAGGGAACCAGAAUCUAUUUGUAGUAAACCCUGCCCUAAAGGUCACGUCAAGGAAGUAAAGGGUUCAUCGUGUUGCUGGGUAUGUAUACCGUGUAAAGAUAAUCAGAUUGUCACUGAUAACAGUACCUGUACACCGUGUGAUCUAGGAUGGUGGCCAAAUUUUAACUUAUCGGAAUGCGAAGAAAUUCCUAUAGAAUUUACUAGUUGGCAUGAUUCAGAGGCUAUCGUUGCCAUGACAAUGGCUUGUGUGAGCAUUUUAGUUACUUGUUGGAUUGGUAGUGUGUUCAUCCGCCAUAAUAAUACACCUGUUGUCAAGGCCUCUACGCGGGAACUUAGUUACAUUAUUUUAUUUGGAAUAAUCGUGGCCUGCUGUUCUAAUUUCGUCAUAGUGGCGAAACCUUCCAUAGUCACGUGCUAUUUGUCCAGAAUAUUACCCGGAUUAGCUUUUUCAUUGAUGUAUGGGGCUCUUGUGACAAAAACAAACAGAAUCGCAAGGAUUCUAGAAGGCAGUAAGAAGAUUAUGACUAAGAAACCGCGCUUUAUGAGUGCUUCAGCGCAGGUGGUUAUAACAGGCAUCAUAAUUGGUGUAGAAAGCGCCAUAAUAACCAUUAUGUUGAUUAUAGAACCAGCAGACUCGAAAUUUGAUUAUCCGGCGCCGAAGAGAGUUCGAUUAGUCUGCAACACAACAACCUUAGGAGUGAUUGUACCGCUUGGCUUUGACCUGUUGCUUAUCUUUAUGUGUACUUUAUACGCAAUCAAAACCAGAAAUUUACCAGAAAACUUUAAUGAGGCCAAAUUUAUAGGUUUUACGAUGUACACCACGUGUGUUAUUUGGUCAGGAUUUUUUCCUAUUUACUUUGGUGGCGAGAGUAAAAGCGUCACUAUGUGUAUAUCAAUUACUUUAAGUGCCGUGGUUACGCUGGUACUCCUAUUUUGCCCAAAAGUUUAUAUCAUAAUAUGGGCACCGGAAAAAAAUACCAGAGGGGCAUUCACGACAUCCAAAGAUGUCCGCUGCCAUAUCGGUUCAAAGUCGAUGCCAUCUGCAGAUAGUUUGGAAUACAAAGAUUUACGUUAUGAUGGAUAUUUUAAAAGUGAUAUCAGCAGACCACGUGAUAAAUGGAAGAAUAAAUCAUUGGACGAAAAGAGUCUGAAAUCAGUUAUGAAAAGGACAUGUUUCCCGGAAAGUAAGGAAACGCCCUACGUCAACCAUCAUUUAAUAUCAAACCAGAGGCCAAGUCCAAUUCUUGAACUUGAGCCAAAUAGUACUCCAAAGAAACCAGGAAGGUUUUCGUCUGAAGCAGCCAACCGGAAAUCGGUUGAAGAGGAUAUUGCCGAAUUUUGUGAACAGUUUCCUGAAUACGAGGAAAAGGAAACGAGUUUGUGUGAAAGGCCAAAUAGAUAUUCAAACAAACCUAUGAAAGAUUCUCAGUGCCAAACUGAUUAUAACGUGUUUAUGACUUUAGAACCAACAUGCAGGAGACGCAUCAGGUCUCCCUACACCUCACCUAUUAGCAAACGAUGCCCAAGAAUCAUCCAAAACCCACCUGCUCAAGCCCAACAUGACUUUUUACCCACCAACUCUCAUAGUAAGAGCAAUCGGAGCUCCAAUAAUUCCGACCAGAUCCGCUCUAGGGAUCCAUCAACUCCAGAGACGUAUCCCCUUUUAGAUUGGGAAGAUGAGAUUUCUCCGAAAGAGGCUGAUAAAACUUUUUCAGAUAGUCACGAAUUUGAUGAUAUGUAUACUUUAGAGUGUUCAAUAUCACCGAGUCAUUGUAGUAAAGAUGGUAAUUAUAAAUCAAAAUAUCACAAAAAAUCAAGUAACGGUUCUUCAGUUUGUGAACCUCUAGUUCUUCAUAACGCGUAUGCCAAAAGCAAAGACAGUUUACUGAAUAAAGACCUCUCUCCGACGAGAGAAAAGGCCCGUCGAUAUUUCGAUUCAGUAAAUACAAACUCCCCAAACAGAUCAGGGUGUGGUAUAAGUCAUAGUUCUGUAAGUUCUGGUGCUAGUUUAGAUAAUUUAACAGAUGAACGUUAUAAUAUAUCAUUAUCGGCUCUAGAAAACGAAGAGAAAGGUGUGGCUGAUUUUCAAGAGUAUCUUCAAAAACGCGGACUUCAACUUGAUAUGUCAUCUGUGCAAACAAGUGACUUAUAGUUAAGAAAGAUAUAUGUAAUAAUGAUAUGUACAUGGGAUCUAACUUUCUCUAUUUGGGCCAGAAGUUUUGGAGAAAAUGUUUGUUUAGGGCAAAUAAUGAUUAUUUGGUGGCACAAAUUGUAAGCUUCACCCGUGCGUCUGGGUGUGUGUGAGGGUGUGUGUGUGUGUGUGUGGUUUUGUUCUAAUAACAAUGCCAACGAAUUCAAUUACUGUUCUUAACUGUUUUAUCUAUCAAUUUCUUAAAAUUGUGCCACAUCAAGGUCCCAAAUGUGCAUGUUAUCAUCUGUAGUUCACGUUAUGGCCACAAUAUCAACAUCCAUUUCAUGUUCUUGUGUUAUACAAACAUUUUGAUUGUAAUAUUUAUAUAAAGUUUUUGAAUGAAUAUUUUUAAAAGUUCA